UACUGGUGAUUGUGUUGAUUGCGUUUUUUAUUUUACUUUCCUUGUUAAUUUUAACAAAGGUUAUUCAACUGAGACUCUCGAAACUUGAAGAACAAACGAUGGAGAAGCCAAAUGUAACUGUUUCGGACCAACCUCCACCGUAUUCCGCAACUGUGCCACCUGGUCCAGCUCCUCAACCAGCAGCCCAGCCGGCUGGGAUGCAAGGGGGUGCAUAUCCACCACCACCCCCUGGUUACACCCCAUAUGCUACAGCGCCACCACCCACUGCCUUUGUGCCAAGCUACGGAGCUACCAACAUUGUAAUAACUCCACCUAUAAUCACUGUUGGCGCUUGUCCAGCGUGCCGUGUUGGUAUUCUAGAAGAUGACUUCACAUGCCUUGGUAUCCUCUGUGCUAUCCUUUUCUUCCCGCUUGGAAUAUUAUGCUGCUUAGCAAUGAAAAAUAGAAGAUGUUCAAACUGCGGAGCUUUAUUUGGGUAACAAAAACUGGAACAUAUGGAUCAAGGUUAGAGAACAGAGGAUGCAAAAAUAUUCUAUCAUACAUAAAUGAUUACAUUUUCAUAUUUUUAUAUGCCAAAACUAUCAAAAACAAUGGAGGUAUAUAGCCACAAUAAAAGCAGUGAUUGAUAAAUACAUAUGUAUUGCAUAGUCUGUGAUUAUGCCUGAAUUAGUAAAAUAGAUUUCCAUAGUUAUUUUUCUUAACAUUCCAGGAACUU